CCCUUUGCCUUCAGUUCUUUUUCAAACCCGGAGCUCGGUUGUUUGGCUAGAGAUGUUUCCUUCCCGUGUUUGACCUCUCUCCAUACAACCCCCGUGCAACGAAGCCAUUCACGAAAAAGAAGAAGAAAAAAGAAUGUACAUUAUCUCUGCCUGCUUCCUCCUCCUGGGGUUGGCAGUCGGUAUUCUCGCCGGCCCGCUACACUCAAAUCUAGAGGUUCGACAAAAAGGCCAGCACGCCCCGUACGAGGAGCCCACGCCCGAAAACCAGCCCGUCGUCAGCUAUUGUCACAGCUACUACCUGCAGGCCAACCAGCAUUACACUCUCUGGGCGCAGUGCUAUAAGAACGGGGAAGGGUUCAAGUGGUCUCGGCUUGAUCUGCGCACGUGUCUCGGCAAUGAUGACGGGCAGCUCGUUUGGGAUGCCCAUGGUCACGCACAUGAUUCGUGUCGUCCGCGUUCGUGCUCUAUGAGACGCUGGCCUGAGUAUACCUGCGCAUGCCAAUCUCGCCUCGGAUCGUGGGGAAACACCGCCAUCGACCUCUCUGAUGGACAGGAUGUUGACGGUGCCCCGAUUGGACACAAUUCAGGCAAAGGCGUUCUGACUUGCCUUGGCAUUCAGGGAGAACGUGAUCAAUGCGAGGGUCGACUCGUCGAGUUGCCCUAUGUUGUUCUGUUCGACCAUCAGCUUCGGUCGUUCAACGAGACGGAAGUCCGUCUUUGUUGA